AUUGAGGCGAACGCUGCGCUCAACAAACGCUUCAUUUCUCGUGAGAAUGUCUUCGCUUUCGGUCGACAUCUCUCUCGCGCUCAUCAAAGCGGUCGUCUCGUGUUAUGACGUCAUAACAUAUCCCAUCUAUUUCUGGGCUCAGAAGCCGUGGAAGCGUUUGGAAGAGUCUUCGCGUCCGAAAGCGCGUCCUCUCGACCCCUCCUCGCCGUACAGCGCGUGGACCCGAAUCUCCGACCGCUCGCCCUCUGAAGGCCACUUCAUCGCCGAGUGUCGCACUGUCGACGAGUUGUUCGCGCGCGCCGUCCGACACUUCGGCGCAAAGCAGUGCUUCGGCUGCCGUCACGUGAUCGCCGAGGAGGACGAGCGCCAAUCGGAUGGCAAAGUGUUUCGGAAGCUCGUCCUCUCGGACUACCGCUUCUUUUCGUACGACGAGAUGGAGGCGCGCGUGCAGACGACGGCCUGCGGACUGUUGGCUCUCGGAGUGCGUCCGAAGCAGAAUGUCGUCAUUUUCGCCGAAACGCGUCUCGAGUGGAUGCUCAGUGCGCAGGCGCUGUUCCGCAUCGGCGCCACUGUUGUCACGCUCUACGCGACGCUCGGCGAAGAGGCGGUCGUUCACGGGAUCAACGAAACGGAAGUCACGCACGUCAUCACAAAUCACGAUCUGCUGCCCAAACUCGCGCGCGUCCUCUCGCGCCUCCCACACGUCCGCCUCGUCGUCUACAUGGAGGGCGCGCGCCCCCCAAACCUCCCGGCGCUCGUGUCGGCGGCGGACGCACGACGCGUGCGCUUCGAGGCCUUCUCUGCGGUGGAGGCGUUGGGCGCCGCGAAC